AUGGUUUUGGUAAACAAACAUACUAAGAUGGGAGUAUUUAUGAAGGUGAUUGGAUUGAAGCUUAGAAAAAUGGUAAUGGCAAAUAUAAAUAUCCUGAUGGUAGUUAUUAUAAUGGAUAAUGGAAAGAUGGAUUAAAGCAUGGAUUUGGAAAAUAUAAAUUUACUGAUGGAAGUUCAUAUGAAGGAGAAUGGGAUAAUAAUGUACAACAUGGUCAAGGAGUUUUUAUAUAGCAAGGAAUGUAUUAAAAAGGUAUUUGGUUUAAUGGAAUGUUGA